AUGGUGUCCUAUCGACAGCUAGAUCUUCUAUUGCCAGAUUAUCUGGGGAGUGGCUUUGAUUCUUCUAUUUACUUUAUUCUCUACGAGACCCGCGGAGACGUUAUUCUAGCGAAACGCGCUAAAAGACUCCGCCAGCAAACAGGUCGACCAAUCUAUACCAAAACUGAGCUUGAAAUGCCUGGUGCGUGGGAGCGGCUCAAAUUUUCCACGACUCGCCCGACCCGCAUGCUUAUCACUGAGCCCGUGGUCACUUUCUUUACCCUUUGGGUCAGUUUCGCUUGGGGAAUUCUGUUUCUCUUUUUUCGACAGCUGGGAUAUUUUUACCGUCGACCAGCCGAGCUCCCUAUCCUUGUCGGUGCCAUCAUUGGCCUCACAUUCAAUCCUAUACAGAACGCCAUGUACAAGCAAUUUGCUAGGCGGAACAAAGAAACGCAUACUCCUGGUAAGCCCAUACCAGAGGCCCGACUCUAUACUUCCAUUCCAGGCAGCCUUCUCUUCGCUGGCGGGUUGUUUUCGUACGGCUGGGGGAGAGUUGGCCAUGGCUCAGUUCAUUGGAUUGUGCCAACACUGGGCAUCGAGUACACUGGGAUUGGGAUUUAUUCUAUCCUGAUGACUGUGAUUAAUUACAUGACCGACGCCUACGAGAGAUAUGCUGCGUCGGCGCUGUCGGCUACCUCGUUAGGGCGCAACGUCAUGAGUGUGCUUCUUCCACUUUCGUCCCCGGCCCUAUUUCACCAUUUGGGGUUCGGUUGGGCUGGAACCUUGUUGGGAUUUAUAGGUGUUGCUCUCUCUACCGUACCGGUGGUACUUGUGCUCAAGGAACCUGAAAUUCGACAGCGCAGUCCUUUCAUACAAGCGUCUACAUUCGACUGA